CGGGUUGGGUUUUAAAACACUGGAAAAAACUCCAAAAGGACAAUGCGCAGUCCUCCAGCCGGGUUGUAACCUUGUUACUGACACGUGGCACGCACAUGUUUUCAAUGAGUCGUUACAUAAAAAAAAAGAAAGUAUAUAUACACCGAAAACAGGAUAAUGAAAACUGAAUUUGGGGUUCAAAAACUUCCAUCAUCUGUACAAAAUCCUCUCUCUUCUCAAGAAAAAAAAGAAAAGAUGAUUGCUCUAAAAUCUAUUCAAACCUCCUUCACUCCAACCAAGCAUGAUAUUUUCUACACAAGAAGAAUCACUAUCACCACAAAACAUUCUUUUGUGUCUCUCUGCAAGUCCAAAGAUUCCGACUCUGAAGAUUCCACAGCUGAAGGUGAUGCUAGUAAACAAGAGCUGCUUGCAAGAAUUGCAAUGCUUCAAGCGCAAAAAGUCCGUCUGACGGAUUAUUUGGACGAAAGAUCAGCUUAUCUAACAGAAUUUGCUGAAGAAGCCAGUACUGAGUUUGACAAAGUUGGAGAGGAUGCCCUCAAAGAACUGGAUGAAGCUAGUGCCAGGAUAAUGGGGAAUAUAGAGAGCCAAAUGCAAGCCUUCGAGGAAUCUGCAGAAAUGAACAGACAGGAGAUUGUGGAAAAUGAUAACAAGUUAGCAGAAUUUGAAGGUCAAAUGGAGGAAGACCGGAAUGAGGGGCUAUUCUUCAAGAGUCUGAAAAAGAAAAAACCUGUUGAUAAAGCAAAAGCUAAAGAGGAAAUGAAGAAGAUAAAAGAGGUCACUGCACAAAAUGCUGGUUCAAAAACCAGGAGGAACAUUUACCUUGCUUUAAUUGGCCUGCUAGUCAUAGGAAUUGCUGACUCUUUCAUCAAUUCACCUGAUUGGCGAAAAGUUGCUGUUCUUGGAGCAAUUUUAGUGCCUUUGCUUCUUCAGUUCCUUUAUGAACAGGGGAUACUAUCAGAAACAGAAACAACAGGAAAUGGAAAGACUGACAAAGAAAAGAAAUAAAAUAUUUCCUGCGAUUUAGUUUAUUGAAUAUAUUGUGUAAAGCUUUUAGCCUUGGUUUCAAUGAUAUAGCAUGAUAUAUAGCCCCCAGUGAUACUUAAAACUAGGGGUUGAUAA